UACUCGGUUUCGCACUGUUCACGGUUUCGCACACCAAAGAAUUUUCCGUUUCUUGUAAUGAAAUACUUGCCAAGAGAAAUUUAAACUGGUGAAAUCAAGGGACCAGGUCUCCUUUUGAAUGUUCCUAUAUUUUCUAAACGACAAGCAGGCAUCCUGAUAAAAGACAAAGAUAUAUAAAAGUGUAGUAAAAGUAUCACCCAGACAGCAUAAAAUUAGACACCACUGAGGGUACCUCGCUUGUGCAUGGUAUAGCGACAUCAUUAUGAUAAUGACAGCUAAAAAUACAGUUUCUACAGAAGUAUCAGUGUUGUGCAAUUUCGAUUCAACCAAUAUCCGUACUGUACAAAGAAUUAGAGAAUUUUUAGUCACGGUGUGCGAAACCGGGUACAAAUAUGUCCGAAUAAUGGGUCAUUUUCUGGCUGUAUUGGAGAGCUAACAGUGUUUAUUUCAAGAAGUGUGUAAAAAGUGUGCGAAACCAGGUACACUGACUCUACCGUCGCUUUGUGAAAAAAUUAAGGGUCAUGGGACCACCCCUCGGGUAAAUUUUUAUUUUGGAAAUCGUACCUGACAUACCCGUAACGUUCAGAAGGGGUAGAAAAUACUUUCUGUAAAGGCCACCUUGUUCGGUAACAGUGCAGCAUAAAACAACACUAUCAAAAUGUUGACCAGGUAUUGUCAGUAUGUGUCACAUUCUCUACUGAAGUUUCCAAAAGUAUCAAUGUUUUGGGGAUUGAAGAACUUGCAUAACACUAAAAAAACUGUGACAUUGAAGAAGAUUUACAGAAAUUUUCAAGUAUGCAGGAAAACAGAACAGAUUGCCAGACAGAAUUAUUGUGGAAGAAUGGUAUUUUUUGAUUUUAUAGUUAAAACUUUGAUAAACUCAGGUCAUGUUGGAGGAAGAAGUGCAUCAUGUAAUGUUUGCUAUAGAUUUUAUUCUAGCAUGAAAGAUGAUGAAAUUGUAAAAUCCUGGCUUGGUGAAAUUAAAGAUGAUUUUGACAGAGGGUACAAGACUGCUGUCAAGGUGAAAGAUGAAAAUUCUGGAAAGACUAGUAGCAAUGCUGACAAAAAUAGUUCUGAAAGUACAAGUGAAACUGAUGCAGAAAUAUUGCACACUGCUUUAGAAAAUGACCUUGACAAAUUAGAAAAAUUAGGCUUUACUACAGAAGAAAUCAUUGAUUUAAUGAAAGAUGCUAAGUCCUUGGAAGAAACCGAAGGUGAAUAUGAUCAUUCUGAAUCUGAAAAUGCAGAUGAUAUGGAAUUAUCAAAAGAAUCAAAUGAAGCACUUAAUUCAGAUGAUAAAUUAGGAAAUACUGAAAAACAAAAUGGCCAGUCAAAAGUUAGUACAAACAAAAUGAAACAAGAAGAAUGGGCAGUGGUGAAAUUGAAAUCUGAUGUCAAAACUGACUGGUCGGUUGUAGAAAUUGAAGAUUUUGUAAACAUUGCCGAAGCUGAAGCUGAUGUUGAAGAAACUUGGGGACCACCAGUGGAUCUUGUGCGUGGAAGGACUGGUGUUUAUGACAUACAAGAGUUGAUUGAAGUGUUGAGAGAUGCUAAUGCACAGAAUGUGAUCACAAUUCGGGUUCCUCCAAACCUGAAUUUUGCUGACUAUUUGGUUAUUGCCAGUGCUAAGUCUCUAAGACAUAUGCAGGCAGUUACAAGUGAUGUAAAAUGGAUUUACAAAAGGAAAAAAAGCAAGACAGACAAGUAUCUGAGGAUAGAAGGUGAAAAAUCAGAAUGGUACGCAAUGGAUUUAGGUAACAUAGUGCUUCACAUAUUUACACCUGCCAUGAGGAAGCUGUAUGAUUUAGAAACACUUUGGACAGUUGGGGCGAAGUUUGAUCCACAAUGUGAAGAACCUACUAAGGAUCCCUAUGUGUUUACUGCGGAUGAUCUUCCAUGGUUGAAAGAAUUGGAGCAAGCAUCAAAUGACAUUGAGGGACAGGAACAAGCAUCUGAUGACUUUAUACAAACUGAGAAGCCUAAUUAAAUCUAAAGAAAAACUUAUGAGUCAGUUUAGGCUUGGAAUACUUAAGGAACAGUGUUGCAUUUUAGGUUGUAUAAAAUGUACUUAUUUGA